AUGUGGGGUUUUCUUCAAUAUACCAGGGAUAAGAAGUUGGCAUUAUACUCUAAAGACCACGUUCGCUGGUACAUGUACCAGUUUCUCCAGGCGCUAAGCUAUCUCCACAAAAACAUGAUCAUGCACCGCGACUUGAAGACGUCGAACCUCCUGCUGACCAACAAGCACGAAAUCAAGCUGACCGAUUUCGGCCUGGCUCGUCAGCUCCAAUUCGGCGACAAGAAUCGCUACACGACCGAAGUGAUGACGCUCUGGUACCGUCCGCCCGAGCUUCUCCUCGGCAAGUCCGAGUACAGCACGGAGACGGACGUGUGGUCGGCGGGGUGCAUUUUCGGCGAGCUUCUCGCAUGCGGCCCGCUGUUUCCGACGCACUCGGACAACAAAAUCGAAGAGCUGAAUCUGAUCUUCAAAGCGUGCGGCACGCCCAGCGACGACGAAAUGCGCCACCUCAUGCAGUAG